CGACAAUCAAGCACCAAUUUGAGAGCGGCCACAUACAUAUAAAUAAGAGCAUCGACGCUGGGAGAAAUAGACGGUGCGGUAGCAGCUUGUUAGCCAUGUGCAUACAAGGAGGAUAGACUCCUUUGCCUGUGUCUCAUCCAUUCGACGCAAGAAGUGCGGUAAACGCUAGCGCUAGCAGCGCACCAACAUCCACUGCCCUUACAUUGACAUCAUAUAACGAGUCCUCCCUCAACAUAGCCAGCAAAAUGGCUCCUCGAGGCAGAUAUGAAUCCGUGAAGGCGCGACCCCCUUCAAAGGAAAGCUCGUCUACAGACCAGGAUUAUUUCUCCUUCGGCGCAGUCGAUGCCGCGCAAGCUGGACUAUCCGGCACUUCAAGCAUGCCACUUCAGCCGCCUCCUCCCUGGGGUCAGGUGCAAGAGGACUCAGCAAUCAGCGCCUCAGCGAGGCUACUCGAAAUGCAACAGUCAGCGGCACAGGCUGAAAAGUUGAGCGGUCGGCCCUUGCCUGGUGCGGAAGGGCGUGAACAGGAUGCCAUUUACAUGGCCCAUUCCGAUGAGGAGGAGGAUGAAGACUCCGAUGAAUACGAAUAUGAUGACGUGGAUGGCGAAAUCUUCAUGGCUCAGUCGGACGAUUCAGACGACGAGUACCUGCCACCGGAAAGACCGAAGAGUACUCAACGCAAACAUGGUGCUUAUACGCAAUCUGCGGACGCACCACCGGUGGUAGGCUUGGAAGAACUCGAUGAGCUUGACCUGGCUUUUCAAGGAGGGAAUGCGGCGACUACGCGCCACUACAACGUCACUGUCGAAGAGGGAAGUCUGAAGGCUUCACGGUUGGACACAGAUCAAUGGCUCAGCGAGGCUCUUUCCAAGCAACCGUAUCAACCGGAAGAGGUCGAAGUGGACGUGGACGCGUUCAAAGCUUUUGUUGGAAAUGUGCAGCAGCAAGGCACUGCCUCAAUAAACUUGGACGAAGACGACGAUGAUGACCAGCGUCGGCUGUUCGAGCGCGAGCUCGCGGCAUCACGCGGAUUCGGCAAGCGCAAAACGAGGAAUUUGGCUCGCGUCAAGCAGUAUUCAGACGAAGUUAACCAUCUGCUCCGUCAAGGUCAUGCAGCUUAUGCUGAGGGUGACCCAGAAGCCGCUAUCCACAGCUUCAAUGAAGUCAUCCGCAUUGAGCCGACCAUUUUUGAAGCAUGGCAAGUGCUUGGCUUGGUUUAUGACAUGAUUGGCGAGCAAGAGAAAGGUCUUCAAGCAAAGAUUUUGGCCGGUCACUUGGUUGCUACCAGAGCACCACACUGGAUCGACCUCGGGCGUGACUCGUAUCAGCUGGGCUUGCUCGUCCAGGCCGAGCACUGCUUCCACGAAGCGAUGAAGGCCGACAAGGACAACCUCGUCGCGAUGUUCGACCGUGCAACGAUCCUGAACAUGCUAAAUCAGCAAGUCAGAGCCUCUCGCCUUCUUGCUCAUUAUCUUGAGCGCCGACCGUACGAGGCAGAGGCCGUCCGCAACUAUAUCCCUUGCUUGACAGCGAUCGGCGAGCGCGCUAAGGCGCUCGACUACCUCGAACACAUGAAAGACUGGAACCUCACGACUUUCCCGGAUCCUCUGCGGCCCAUUCCAGCCCAGAUCGUCCCUGCUAACUAUCCCCGAGAACCCACUUUUGGUGCCGAAGAGGCAGCGACGAUGGCAGACUUCUACCUGCAGUUUGGCAAUGCUUCGAAGACUGUCGAGGUGAUCAAACAGAGCAUGAGGUGGCUGCAAGGACGUUCGCAGGAGAUUUUCUGGGACUCUGUGCACGACGACGAUCGCGAAUUCGACGAGCGAAGACCACAGGAGGGCACCGAGCACAGGAUGGGGACAUACUCGCGCAGGAUUCAGACUUCACCUCCGCAUGGUAUGGAUCCUGUACUGCGCGUUUAUCUGGGAAAGGCAAGAUUGCGAAUGGGUAACAACAAAGAGGCAAAUAUGCACUUUGACCUUGCGCUCGAAGCAGAAGCAACGCCAGAUAUCCUCGCGGCAUGGAGGUAUGCUGCAGAUGCGUGUAAGGACCUUGGCGAAUGGGAGAAGGCACUGGUGAUGUACAGUGCGCUGGCCGAUAGUCCGGAAUCAAAUACAAGUGAGAUCUGGGCUCUCGUCGGGAAGUGCCAAGUCGAGCUUGGACAAUACGAAAUCGCGCGGCAGACGUUGGAGGAAACUGUGGAGAUCGAUGCGAACGCCGUUGAUGCCAAGCUCGACCUUGCUCGAGUUCUGCAAUAUUUCAAAGACACCAAAAGAGCCAUGAAGCUCGUCGUUGAAGUAAUCGAGGAACGUCGAAAGCAGCAAGCUGCCAGCGGCGAGCCGCCGACGGAGGAGUUUGAGAUGUUGAAUUCAUUUUUCGACGAGACGAGACAAUACCACGACCAACAAAGAUCCGCCUCCACCAAAUUCAAAAUCUCUCGACAAGACAGGGAGAAGAUGAUGGCUGCUAAAGAAGCAGAAGUACUUCUCUAUUUCCGCGCAACCAAGCUGAUGGAGUAUGAUGUCUUCGUUGAAGGCUGGUGGCGCCCAGAGGUGAAGAUGGACGCAGAGCAUGAUGUCAUCGUCGCAGAAUACCUUAACAAGGCCGGAAAAUUGAUCGACACGUUCAAAGACACAAAACGACUUUUCCCGGGGGACAGGUCUAAACGAUUCAAGGGCCUUACCACUGAGCCCAGGCGCAAUAGGCGCAAGCAGUCUGGGUACAUCAAUGAUCGCACAGGGGAACUGCUCAGUAGUCUGCGAUCGGAAUUGAGUGCUGGCAUUGCGGACGAUGGGACGUUGGACGAUGCAACAAGCCAAGAGGGGGCCACACAUGCGAUGGGAGUACAUCUCGAUGAAUGGAUCGACCUCUUCAUGAAGUACGCAUUCGUUCUAACCAAGACAGGAGAUGGGGACUCAGCUCGUGAGACGCUUGACCUCCUUUCACAGUCAAAUGCCAUUUGGACGUAUGAGGAUCGCCGCUUGGCACUAGAGCUGUGCAAGACUGCGACAGCACUUUAUGAUCGCGAUCCUGCUCAGACUUUUGUUGGCUUGCGGUUCUUGACCGGCGCAUACGCAUUCCACGAAGAGCCGCAUCGCCUGUGGAACAGCGUGAGCAAUCACCUCGGCUUUUACGGCAUGGGCGAAGCUAUGAACAAUGAGCACCGGAGGCAAAUCAAGCGUCGCAACAAGCUGAUCGAGCAGAUCAGUCUGGGCAAAGCUCACGCGUUCAAUGUGACGCACAAGGCUUGGGUCGACCCUUCACAUCGAAAGUCUGUCCGCGAAGGCGAAGACGCGACGGAAGAUGACAGUAGCGAGGGUGAAAACGAAGAAGCGCUGAUCGAGAUGCGCAAAAGGGCGCGAGCUGCAAAAGGACGACAAGGACCACUGCCGAAGAAGUCACAUUUGCUGAAAGCCGGAGGAUAUCCGUCACAGCCGAGCGCGGUCGGCAUGGCCCUCGAAGCAUGCGGUUUGCUGAGCACAGACUCGUAUCAAGGUGCACUGGGUGCAGCUCUACGGACGCUAGACAAGGUACCGACGGAUGCGUUGCUGAUGAUGAUUGCAGGCAUUUCUAGUAUCGGUCGUGCAUCGAACAGGCAGGUCGACAAUCGUCAUUACAUGAUCAUCCAGGGCCUUGCCAUGCUGUCAGAGAGCAUGAAGUUGUCAAAUCUCGAAGGAACUGCUAUUUCCCACUACAACAUAGCUCGCGCACUACACCACGUCAGUCUGGCCCACCUUGCAAUUCCGCACUACGAGCGGUGCCUGGAGCUUCAUGAUCAGCAUCAAGGUUCCAACGAACAGCCCUUUGAUGUGACGCGGGAGGCCGCAUUUAAUCUGGCCAAUCUGUAUACAACAACAGGAGGUUCAAGAAGGGCUAUGCAUCUGUAUCGAAGGUAUCUCACGGUGUAGCCCGGCCAGAAUCUCCUCGCGAGGACAAUUUAAGAAAGCAACCGUCCGAACAUCACCAUUUCAGGAUUCGCCCUGCUGGCUGCAUUCGGCAUACCCAUGUAUUCUUGUGUGGCUUUGCACACUAUGUAUUCGGCAUUCCCUAG